GAGGCAGUUUGUUAAAAGUGUUUCAAAGUUUCCAAUAAAAUUCACCACUCUUGCAAUGCAAAGUCUGAAAAAUGAAACAAGAGUGCCAUUGGAAUUCUGGUUGCCAGCUCUGAUCUCUACAGGAGUUAUUCCAGAGUGUAACAAAAGCAGCAACAGAAAUAACCUUUGGCAUUAGAGCACCAUCCUGCAUUAAUUGGUCCUGCCAACAGAGCUUUGCUUUUGAACCCCUCUGAUAAUGAAACCUUGCCAGAACUGUGAGAUUAUAAUGUUGAUUUUCUUAAGAAGUUGUGAGUCCUUAACCCAGCAUCUCCAGGUGAGCCCCUGCAAUAGGAGAGUCCUGUUCCUGCCGUCAGUGGAGAGGAGGAAUCAGCCAAUUGCAACUCGCCCAGGGAAGUUCAGAAGUGGAACCAUCCAUGAAAUGCCCCCUUCUGUCCCAGAGAUCCCCCAGAGAUUCAGCUCCAGUGCCAAACCCCAGGGAGUGUCAGCUGCCACAAAACUGAUGUUUGAGUUAGGAAGAAAAGUGACAGAUGCCCACCUGAACAGGGCACAAGAGGCUGAGCAAGUUCCAGGUUGCCCCAGAUCUCCCAAAGGAAAAAAUCCAUGCCAGACAGAGUUGCUUCUGUUCAGCACAGCCCUGCUCUUCUCAGGAGCCCACGAGACACGAGCAUGGACUGUCCUCCUGGGCCCCUCCUGCCGUGCCUGUGUCCCAGUGCACGUGCUGUGGGCAGCAGCCAGGGAGCUGGAGACACGAGUGUGCAGCCAGAAGGACAGCCUGGCCAGGGGUGCUGCAGUGCCCAAUCCAAGGCUCCCGGGGUGCUGUGGCGGUGCCGAGUGGGAAAACCCUCCAGGCCGUGCUGGACAAGAUCCCCCGGCAGCAAAGGCAGCUGCUCCAUCUCCAGGGCACUCUCUCAAUCCGGGGUUGCAGGAGCAGGAUAAGGAAUAUCCCUGCACCUUGUUCCCUGUGGCAAGAGGCUCCAUCCCUGUAGGAGCCUCCGUGAGCCCUGCUGGCUGGAGGCCGGAGGAAUCCCGGGGGACAGGUCUCCCUUGUCCCCUGGAGCCGUGGGGAUCAGCAGACCCCGCUCAUCCCUGAGGAUGCUCAUGGCCAGGAGGAGACUGAGAGCAACAAGCCUGUUCCAGUGAGGCAUUCCCAGGAUAGAGUGGCACAGCAGCAAGUGUUGGUGCCCAAUCCAUGGCUCCCAGGAUGCUGCCAUGUGGGAAGACCUUCCACGCAGUGCUGGACAAGAUGCUGCAGUGGCAAAGAGAAGUGUUCCCAUCUCCAGGCUCUCUCCUGAUCCAGCUCUGGAGGAGCAGGAUAUAGAAUAUCUCCACACCUCCAUUACUCCUGGCAAGAGCCUCCAUCCUUCCCAGAGCCUCCAUGGAUAAGAGUCCCUGCUCCCGUGGAGCAGUGGGUAUCUGCAGACCCCGCUAAUCCAGUCCCAGUGGGAGCCCAGCCCAUUCCAUUCCUGGAUUCCCAGGGGCAGGUGGCACAGCAGCAAAUGUCCCAGAGCCACCAGUGCCAAAUCCACAGCUCCCAGGAUGCUUCCAUAUGGGAAAACCCUCCAGACGUUGCUGGACAAGAUCCUCCAGUGUCCCAGGCAGCUGUUCCCAUCUCCAGGGCGCUCCCUCGAUCCGGCUGUGCAGGACCAGGCUAAGGAAUAUCUCUGCACCUCCGUUAGUUCUGGCAGGAGCUUCAUCCUUCCCAGAGCCCACGUGAGAACUGCCUGAGUGCCCAGGGAUGAGCCCCACGGACAGGUGUCCCGGGUGUUCCCAACUCCAGGGUGCUCUGUCGAUCUGGUGUGGCAGGAGCAGGACAAGGAAAAUCUCCGCACCUCUGUUGGUUCAGGCAGGAGCCUCCAUCCCUCCCAGAGCCUCCCUGAGCCCUGCCAGGCUUCAGAUGGAUCAGCCCCCAUGGAUGGCACUCCCUGCUCCCCUGGAGCCGCGGGAAUCAGCAGAGCCCGUUCAUCCCUGAGGGUGCCCAUGGCCAGGAACAGCCUGGGGGUAACGAGCCCAUUCCAGGCUCUCAGCUGAGGCAUUCCCAGGAGCAAGUGGCACAGCAGAAAACUUCCUGGGGGUGCCAGUGCCCAGUCCACGGCUCCCAGGAUGCUGCCAUGUGGGAAGACCCUACAAACAGUGGUGGACAAGAUCCCCAAGCAACCAAGGCAGCUGUUCCCAUCCCCAGGGGCUGUCUCAACCCAGGUGUGGAGGAGCAGGAUGAGGAAUAUCUCCACCCCUCAGUUACUUCUGGGAAGAGCUUCCAUCCCUCCCAGAGCCUCCUGAGACCUGCUGGACUCCAGAUGGAUGAGCCCCCCUGGACUUUUUGGUGGGAGAAAUAGAACAUUGCUCACAACAUUCCACUCUGGCCAAAUAAGGAACAACAGAAUCUGGAA